CGCGUGUUCGAGCGCACGCACUACCCCGACGCCUUCGUGCGGGAGGAGCUGGCCAGGCGCGUCAACCUCAGCGAGGCGCGCGUCCAGGUCUGGUUUCAGAACCGCCGGGCCAAGUUCCGCCGGAAUGAGCGGGCCAUGCUCGCCAACCGCUCCGCCUCGCUGCUCAAGUCCUACAGCCAGGAGGCCGCCAUCGAGCAGCCCGUGGCUCCCCGGCCCACCGCCCUGAACCCAGACUAUCUCUCCUGGACAGCCUCCUCCCCCUACAGCACAGUGCCGCCCUACAGCCCCGGGGGCUCGAGCCCCGCCGCCCCGGGGGUCAACAUGGCCAACAGCAUCGCCAGCCUCCGCCUCAAGGCCAAGGAGUUCAGCCUGCACCACAGCCAGGUGCCCACCGUGAACUGAGCCCUGCCCCCCGGACCGCUGCCUCCUGGUCGACAGCCGAGGAGCGGGCAGAUGCAGGAGAGUGACCUCCUCCUGUCCCGUCCCUGCCCGGCCAGGCGGGCUCUCCUGGCCCUUCCCUCCAGCCCGGACCCCGGCCCAAGAGGCCGCUGAGACGCCGGAGCCCCGCGCCUCCCCUCGUCCACGGCCGCCGGAGACUUCAGCCGUGACCCUGCCAGGGGUUGGGCCGGAGGGUGAACAGGAGCUCACCAAGGACCUCACUUACUUUGUGUAUUAAAACCAAAUAGCUUUUGUCUUUAAGAAAUAAAAAUUGUUUA